AAUGUUGAUCAUGGGGUGAUCCAGAAAUAAACUCCAGACUUCAAAGCAGGAGAAAGUUCAAAGCUGCUCUGCAUUUUAUCAACACAGAGAGACAGGAGAGCAAUGCUUCCAAAAGGGAAUAUUCUGAUUUAAUAGUCCAUGAAAAAACAAGUCUGCAGUAAACAAUUUUCUACAAAUUACAAGGGUUAUUUUUAACCAGCCCUUCUGACUGACAAGAAAGUGGAAAAUGACAACGCAAGUUACCGUAGCAAGAGCAGGUACGAUUGGACAUGAGGAAUAUAGCCUGUACAGCAGCAUGAGUGAGGAUGAACUUAUUCAGAUGGCCAUUGAACAGAGUUUGACAGAGGAUCAUGCUGAGCAAAUAGCUGCACAGAAGACAGUUACUGCAGCUCCACCUCCCAGUGAACCUUACUGUCAGAAUUUCUACCUUUAUCCUUGGGAAAGGCAUGCUGCUCAGUCCGGAGGCCAGACUUCAGCAUCCGGUUCAGGAGUCAGGCGGAGGUACGAUGGCAGCUUCUUCAUCUUACCCCAGGCUGAAGUGCUGGAUCCUGUAGUGUUGGUGAUCAAGGAAGGAGAUGAAACAGCACUGCAGAACAUGAUACAGACAGGAAAAAACCUUGCACAGCCUAACAAAGAUGGAUGGUUGCCACUCCAUGAAGCUGCUUAUUAUGGACAAGAGGGCUGCUUGAAACUGCUGCAUAGAUCUUUCCCUGGGACAAUUGAUCAACGUACACUUCAGGAAGAAACAGCACUCUAUUUAGCAACAAACAGAGGGAAUAUUGAUUGCAUGCAUUCAUUGCUCCAGGCUGGAGCAGAACCUGAUAUUGCAAACAAAGCUAGGGAAACCCCACUUUAUAAAGCCUGUGAACGGAAAAAUCCUGAAGCUGUGCAGAUGCUAUUGCAGUACAAUGCUGAUGUGAACCAUCGCUGCAAUCGUGGAUGGACGGCUCUUCAUGAAGCUGUUGCUCGAAAUGAUUUAGAAAUAAUAGAACUUUUAAUUCAAGGAGGUGCCAAGAUUGAAUCUGCAAACUGUUAUGGAAUUACCUCUUUAUUUGUAGCAGCUGAAAGUGGCCACUUAGAAGCCUUGAGAUACCUGGCGAAAUGUGGUGCUGAUAUCAAUACCCAAGCUAGUGAUAAAGCUUCAGCUCUCUAUGAAGCUUCUAAAAAUGGACAUGAGAAGAUUGUGGAAUUUCUCUUGACUCAAGGUGCUGAUGCUAACAAAACCAAUAAGGAUGGGUUCUUACCAAUUCACAUGGCCUCCAAAAAAGGCUAUUAUGAUUUUGAGCGCUCCCGACUCUAUGAGGACAGGCGCACCAGUAUCCUGUAUUUUGCAGUCUUCAACAACAACGUAUAUGCCACUGAGCUGCUGCUUGAGGCUGGAGCUGAUCCCAAUGUUGACCUUAUCAAUCCAUUGCUCAUCUCCAUCCGCCAUGGCUGUUUGAAGACAAUGAAACUGCUUCUUGAUUAUGGAGCUAACAUUAAUGCCUACGUUGCCUCUCACCCUACAACUUUCCCUGCUACUGUAAUGUUUUCAAUGAAGUAUCUUGCUCUGCUGAAAUUUGUGAUGGAUAUGGGCUGUGAUGCCGACUCUUGCUUUACGUGUUGUUAUGGGUGUGGCCCACAUCCUCCUAUUGAUAUUAGGAGGGACAGGUAUAGUGAUCCUGCAGUGAAUAACAAUAACAAAAUUGUACAGUUUUGUGAAAUGGUUUCAGCCCCAGAGAUGAGUCGUUGGGCAGGCCCUAUUAUAGAUGUUCUUUUGGAUUAUGUGGGCAAUGUGCAACUUUGUUCCCGGUUGAAGGAACACAUUGACAGUUAUGAAGAUUGGUCCAACAUUAAAAUCAAAGCAGAGCCACCAAGGCCACUUGCACACCUUUGUCGAAUCAAAAUUCGAAUUGUGAUUGGAAAAAACCGUCUUUCACUUAUUGAGACUCUACCUCUGCCAAGAAGACUAAUUCGUUAUUUACAAUAUGAUUUUACCCAGUGAUCUCAGGUGAACCUGACAUUCAAAUAUUAUAUGGAGUGAUAAUCAUGUGUAUUAUAGGGCGAGCUGUCAUGAUGGAAACAGAUUGUUAUGAUGGAACAGAAAACUUGUUUUGGUAUGUAAGAAGAAAAAAUAAGGAUUCCUGCAAGUUAAAUCUCGGAACAAAUGCAACAGCAUUUAGAGUAUGGGAAAGAGCUGAAAAAAAUGAGAAUAAAGCAGUCAGCAAAUAGUGAAGGGGAUAUUAUGCUAUCUUGCAAGGAAAAACACUCUCAGUAGCUCAACAUUUAGUACAACCCUUUACAAAAUGCAGGCAGAGUAAAAUGUAGAUUGUAUUCUACCAAUAAAUAUCCAGGUGAUCUGCAUGUCACCAAGAACUUCCAAUUCUCACUGGUUUAACAAUGAUGACAGAAAACCUUUUUCCUCCUUAAUUAAACUGUUAAAUAAAUGUUUAAAAGCUUGGAAGAAAAUAGGAGGUUCUUAUGAUGUGAAAGAACAUAUGCACAACCUCCAGUUCUACUACCAAAAAGAAAUUCCUGAUCUGGGCAUGUGUCCAGUAGUUCUAAAUCUGCCUUCUUGAGCUGUUACUUUGUACUUGAUUCUGGUUGACGGACCUCACAGUUCUAGUGAAAAAUAAACAUGCAUAUUGUAAGCCUAAAUUAUUCAUAACAAGAUAUAAGGAGGAGGUAGCAAAAGUUAUCUCUCUCCAUAUAGGUAAAUGCAAUGAAUUAUGCAGACGAUCACACUAUAAUCAUUCAUAGUGACAUCAAUCAGGUUUUUUUUCGUUUGCAGCAAUUAUAAAUCUUGCUGCCAACUGUAUAAUAUGCUGGAUUUUGUGUCUGUUGACAUAUCUGAUCAUUGUGUUAACAGGCAUUAGCAGGUUUACUCAUUCAUAUGGAUAACAAAUGUAUUUUGUCAAUAGUCAUGUAGCAAAACCAUCUUGAUUCAAUGCAAAGAUUAAAAGAAGCCCAAUAAUUGUUAAAUCAGAAUAACAUUUCAGUUUUGGGGUUGUAUUUUAUUUUACUUCAGUUUGCUGAAUUUACCCAAUGUUUGGCUGUUCUAUUCUACAUCACUAUAGUUUCAUGUUUUCCCAUAUAGUUUAACAUUUAGCCUUUUAUUCUUAUUUAGAAAAACAUUUAACAUUACUUUCUUGUUCCUGGUUAAGCAAUUUUGCAAAUACUGGACUUGAAGAAAUGAAAGAUAUCGAAGAAUUUAACUUACAGGAAAUAAGAACACAACAUUUAACUCAGAUGUAUAGAUCUGUAUAAUAUUUUAUAGAUAUAUGUACAUACAUUAGUUAUGAGGAUUAAUGUCACUGAAACCCAUGGUAUUUAACACUGUUUUAACAGCUUUGAAGGGGAGAAUAGAUUCAAAUCCUGUGUUGCUUCAGAAAGACUUCAGAAGAAAAUUCUUGAUCUGCUAUUGAUGAAAAACAAUAAUAGUGAAUUGCAUCAUUGCAAAACCACUAGGUUAAUUUCAGAAUAAAUAAUUUAGCUUAACAGGGUUAUGAAUUGAGAACCCUAUUGCUUAAUUAGAUUAUGUCUAAUUGGCUUUCAUUAGAAUAGUUGUAAUGACCAAUAUGUAAGCAAUGACUUAGCAGCACUAUGGUGUUUUUUUAAAUGAAACUCUGAUUUGGUGUCAUUGUAUACUUUUAGGGAAAUAAUUUAGUGGCAUUAAGUUAUUAGAAGAAAAAUUUAUCCUCAUGGAUGUUAUAUUGUAGAUAUCUUAACUUACAUCCUCUUAACAAUUAAUACUUCCAUGAGAAAGGAUUCAUCUUUCUAAUUCAGAUCAUCUAUAUGGGUCCCUGAAGUAUAUAUAAAAAGUGCUUCAAUUGGUAUAAUUCAUGUUUGCUUCAUAAAUAUGAUAACUAAGAAGCUUAAUGAUACUGCAUCUAAAUUAAUUCAAACAGAUUUAAGCUAAGUUCAUUAUAUGCAUUUCAAGAGUGCUUUGCAGAAAUAUCUGAAAUAAACUGUAGGACAUCAUGGAGAUAUAACUGGCUUAAUAUUCACAAUAUUGCAGUUCCAUGAUUAACUUUUACAUAUAUAUAUAUUGAAUCACUUUAAUAUGACAUUUUUGAGGAUAGCACCAAUUCAUAAAAAUAUACAAGCUGAAAAAUCUAGUUGAUUCAUUCUUUUUAGGGAUAUGUUCACAUAUUACAUAUCCAAGAAGCAUUAAAAAGGCUUCCUAGUUUUUCUCAUUAUACAUACAGAGAUAAAUUGUCAAUUUGAAUUCCUCACUCUCAUAACCAGAAUUAACUCCAAUGGAUGCCAUAAAAUGAGGAGGAAAUUAUCAUUAAAAGUCCCUUUGAGAGUUGUCCUUUCACUUCAUUAUUUCUUGCUAUUUAAAAAAAAAUACUUUACAUUUAUUUGCACAUUCUGCAUGCUACCUCUCUUAAUCACUCUUAAUCCAGCAAUACAUAAUUGCACAAAAAGAUUUUCAAGAAAUCUGCUGGGCUGGGUUUACAAAGGUGUAUUAGCUGAGUAAUGCCUUAACACUGGUUUAACAUAUGUAAAAUAAUAUGAAUUCUCUGCUCAAUUUUCUAUAUACUGGCCUGCUCCAGGGCAAUACAAGUAUAAUGGUGGAUAAGCUUUCUACUGCUCCAGUGAUUUUGUGAUUUUUUUAAAAAGAAUUCACCAAUUUUAUCAAAUCUGUUCAAAUUAUAUUGUUUUAUACAAAUACAAAAUAUUAUUGUAAAUCUUAAAGUUAAGAAUAUUUAGAACUUUAAAAUAAGCUUCACAGUUCCAUGCUUUAUCUAACCGUGUUGAAGACAGAAAGAACCUGUUAUUAUGCUCUAUAUCAUAUACAAAGAACAUUUUAAGAUUUUUGUAAACUAUUCUAUUAACACGAGGGAUAGCUAUGACUUGGAUGACUGAGAAUCUCCAUAGACAUUUAUUCUAUUAACAUUACCCUGUUUGAUCUAUUAUUUUAUAAAUGUGUGUCUAAACUAUAUUACAAUGUAUUUUUGAGAUUUUUGUUAUGUUAACAAUAGUUUUUUUUAAUAAACUGGAGAUCAGUCUGGGAGGGAUCAGUGUGCCGAUAUUUUAAAAGCACUGUGUUUUAGGUGUUGUUGUUUGCAUUAAAUUUGACUAAAAUUAA